CUUUGAAGAUACAUAAAUUCAUCAUUCGAGUCAAAGUCAAAGAAAGAUAAUUUUGUUUGCCCGUUUUCUCUACAUUUGUUGUACUUAUCAUUACACUUCUUCAAGUUUGACUUCCGUUUCUUUUCUUUACUUGUCGGCUAUUGUGUGCCAGUCCUUCAUACCCCUUCUGCCAUUUUGAUACCUCUCUCUGCAAUUCAAGAUUUAAAUCAGAAACAGGUUCAUCAAUUCAGGUUUAUUGGUUUUGAUUGCUGGACGUCGAAUAUAGAUCAUCUGCAGCAUUCCCUCAUUUACGUCGUUCAACCCACAAAUUGGAAUUAGCUAGCGUGUUUUUUUGAAUAAUACAUACCACUUUUUGACUAUGCCCCCCUUCGUAUUCCGCGGCUUUGAGAACGGUAAGCGUGAAAGAAGCUUAAGCCAGCUUGAAAGCCAGCUACAUAUACUUUCAUCAACGCAUAAUCUCUGCAGCACGCCCCAACACUCUUCGUCUACUUCCAGAACCGAAAAAGAUGACGCCAAGGAUCGACCAGAGUUUCUCAUUGCGCAAACGACAGCCGAGAUGAAGGGAAUUGAAUUUUUUGCCUACAAAGGUUCUACAUUGGCCAAGCGUCGUCUCGAGCUUUGCCCAUCAGACGAGAGUAUUACUUCUUAUGAUACUUAUGGUAAACCCGUCAAAUCAGUCGACACUUCCACUAGCUUAACGCCCAACGGCUCACCUUCGAAGUCAGUCUCAAGAUCGAAAUUGAUGGCCAUGAAUCGAGCAAUGCGUUUACGUAUGAUCGAGGCAAUCAAACGCAGAAUCAGAUCCACUUUAUCCAGCGCUUUUUCAGGCGGAUCGAGAAAACGUCAAAAACUAGGAAUAGAAGAUGAUGAGUGGCUUGAUGUGACGGCGAUAAUCGAAGAGCAUACCCAGUCCACCAAAGGGUAUCGCCAAUUGAACGAAUUUGGACGUCUUCAACCUGCCACUGGUCCAUGUGCGAAACCUUACGUAACAAAUGAUACUUAUCACCUUGAUCAGAUCAUUCAAAGUGACCUGAUGUGGCAUUUUGAAUCGUAUCGCCCAAACUGAGUCAUUGGGUCAGAGAUGUUCGAAAUCUAUUCAACUAUGGUUUUGUGGACAACCUCGACCAGAUCUUAGCGUGUACUCAUAUAGACCCUUUGAUGAGUCUAUAGGACAUUGUCUGAUAGCCGUAACAUACAUGUUUUUAUUUCAACUUUUGCUUGCUUAUUUUCAUCAAUCGCACUAUGUAGGCAUCUUUUAAAUCCCAUUGGACAUUUCUUAUAAUCUCAGUAAUUAUUUUUUUCAUCAGUCUCGAUGGUUUCCAUCCGCUGUGUGUUCCGCUUAUAUAUUGGCCUAUUAUUUAUGACUUCAACUGCGCAAUUUAAUUCGACGGAUCGAAGAGCUUGUUCACGAAGCCACUAAUGAUGACGAUGAAAUCUGUUUUACAAUCCUUGAAUCGAUGUGAUGUGAUUUGACCCGAACGCGAUUAAGAAUUUCUUUAAUUUCUUCCUAGGGAAGCCUCAAUGCAUGAGAUUGAAAGUUGCCACGGAGGAACAAAUAUGGAAAUUGAAAAGAUCAUCUUACUCGUAAAACAUG